AUGCAGGAAAUUUCCUAGUCGAAAGUCCUCGUUCUGUCUUGACCUUCCUUCCCCUCCUUGGGGCCGAGUCUGCCUCUGUGAUCAUGAAUAAAGAAGCACCGCUUUCGAUUGCUGAACGCGAUUUCAUCCUCGAUGCGCUCCGCGAGGAUGUCAGGCUCGACGGUCGUGCUGCAGACCAAUUGCGCCCGCUCAACAUCUCUUUUGGAGAAGAGUAUGGCCAUGUGAAGGUACAGCUUGGUCAGACGAGUCUGGUCGUCCGAAUAUCCUCCGAAGUCACAAAACCCCACGAUGACCGCCCAUUCGAUGGUAUCUUUACCAUUGCCAUGGAGCUAACGGCGAUGGGCUCGCCAGCCUGGGAGAAUGGCCGACAAGGAGACCUUGAAACAUACAUCACCAAUGUGCUCGAUCGGGUUAUUCGUCACUCGAACGCCUUAGAUACCGAGUCUCUCUGCGUUCUCAAGGGCGUUAGUUGUUGGAGCGUCCGAGCCGAUGUACACAUUACUGAUUACGAUGGUAAUUUGAUUGACGCGUCGUGCAUCGGAAUCAUGGCUGGGUUACAGCAUUUCCGCCGUCCCGACGCCGUGGUCAAGGACGGCCAGGUAAUUGUCUACGGGCUCGACGAACGGGUCCCCGUGCCAUUGAACAUCACGCACAAACCUCUUUCGAUUACAUUCCACACCUUCGAUGAAGGCAAGCGGGUAAUUCUCGACGCCACUCGAAAGGAGGAGCAAGCGUCGGAAGCGGACGUAAUAAUCGGCAUGAACAAUGCAGGAGAUGUCUGCUUCCUUUCUAAAUUCUCAGGCUCCCCGGUGGACGCCAUGGUCUUUGUGACGAAGACAACGACUGCACUAGAGAAGGUUAAAGAGAUUAAUGGCAUUAUUGACAAAGCGCUGCAAGGUGAUCUUACGCAGCGAGCGAAACGCGGAUUAGCAGAGGAGUCACGGGCAGAGAACGAUCGGUGAUGGUCUUGGACUGCUAUAGAUAUGAAUUUACAUACCCAAUUUAAGAAGGAUAAAAUGGACUUUGAUGUAUGAUAGAUCCAAAGAUCACAGAAAGGUGCCACCUUCCAGCACUAUUACUAUUGUUGUUUAUAGUAGUUAGGUAGAGACAAAAAAAUCAAUGAAGGAGUGCAGAUCGGUG